CAGUCGUGCUGGAGAUUUUACUGUGAAAGGUGGUGCUCAAAACGCGUUUUUUCGCCCUCCUACAGAAAUUCCUAGUGAAAAAAGCGCAUUUCUCUGUGAAAAUAAACCUGUGAAGUUGCUCAAAUAACCCCAAUACUGUGCUCAGAAGGAAGGAUAACAGUGGAAAAAUGAAUAAAUCAUGUGCGAGGUGUAACAAAAUAGUUUAUCCCAUUGAGGAGCUAAAAUGUUUAGACAAGUCAUGGCACAAGGCAUGUUUCAAAUGUCACGAAUGUGGAAUGACUUUAAACAUGAAAACCUACAAAGGAUUCAAUAAAUUGCCAUAUUGUGAAGCACACAUACCAAAGGCAAAGGCAACGACAAUAGCUGACACACCUGAAUUGAAGAGAAUAGCGGAAAACACAAAAAUUCAAUCAAAUGUUCAAUAUCAUGCAGAAUUUGAAAAGCUAAAGGGAAAAGUGACACAGGUGGCUGAUGAUCCAGAAACGUUGCGAAUAAAGCAAAACACGAUGCACAUAUCGAAUGUGGCGUAUCAUGGUGAUUUAGAGAAGAAAGCAGCUAUGGAGAAACAAAGAGAAGCCGCUGAAGUAUCAGAUACAUACACAAGAGACAAUAAUGAUUCAGAGUACUUCUCUGAGCAAUUGGCCGCUGAAUCACUGUCACAGUAUCAGGCUCCGCCGCCUGCGAAGGUUCAGCCUCCGCAGCAGCAGGAGCCGCCGCCGCCGCAAGCACAUCACCAAGCAAAUCAUCAUCACAAUCAGUCACAGCCAUCGCAAAUGAGCUAUCACCAGCAGGGGAAGCCGGCAGCACCACAAUAUGGGGCUCCGCCACCGCCUCAAUAUACCAAUAAUUCUUCGUCAGUUUCUGCAGUACCCGGGCAUCAGCAGCAAUAUGGGGGGCCACCGUCACAGCCGGGGCAGGGUUAUAACAAUCGCAGUACACUUGUACAUUCAUCGGCUCAUCCUUCCGGUGGCCUCAUUCACUCUCAUCAUCAGCAACAGCAGCAGCAGCAGCAUCAGCAGCAGAUCAGCCAAAAAUACUACGAUCAGUAUGAGAAUUAUGCUAGGCCGGCAAGUUACAGCAACAACAAUCAGAGUGUUGGGUACAAUUCACAGCCGGUGGGGGGAUAUGGGAAUUCCUAUCAUCAUCCACCACAGCAAUACACACAGAAUGCAUAUACACAGAACAAUCACUAUAGCCAACAACAAAUGGCUGGAAUUGGGAAGAUAGCAGAUUAUGAUCCAUUAACAGAUGGACCAAGAAAUGUCCCAAAUACACAGAGACCCAGUUCAACACUCAUUUACAGUUCUGAUCGCAAUUCCGUGAAUUCUAAUCAAGCGAGACGAAUUGGCUCUAUUGCCGAUAUGGAUCCGGCCAAUGGAGUCUAUGGAUCUGCAAUGGAGCAACAGCAAAAUCAUCUGUAUCAGCAGCAGCAGCAACACAACCAAAUGAGGCAUUCGCAGCAGCAGCAACAACAGCAACAGCAGCAGCAGAGGGCUGGGAAAAUGAGAGUUUUUCGGGCACUUUACGAUUAUGAAGCACAGGAUACGGAUGAGGUGAGUUUUGCAGAGGGAGAUGUGAUAUUUGAGGUGGAUUCAAUUGAUGCUGGAUGGAUGACAGGAAGAGUUGAACGCACAGGAAAGGUGGGAAUGUUGCCGGCAAAUUAUGUUGAAUUGGCAACAAUUUAAUAAGGAAAAGAAAAGAAAAAGAGUAAAAGAAACAAUCACUUUCGAUAGUCCGUAGCAGCUUAUUCCUUUUACUUAUUUUUGCUAUUUUUUUUAAUUGAGUUAGAAUUCUAUCAAUUUUCUUGAUCAUUCAAAGAAAAGAAACUUUUGUAUUUUUUUGUGGUCUUUCGAAGAAUUUCCUUGAAAGUUUUCUGAUAGAAAUAUAUUUUUUUUAAAUGAUAUAUCAAUUUUUAAUUAUUUUCUUAUUAAAAAAAUAAAGAAAACAAACGAUCAGUAUGUGAAAAUUUCCAAAGUUUCUCUGCAUUUCAACGAAUUUUUUUUCGCUAUGAAAAAAGAAGCUCUAAAAUGUUCCAUUUUAUUCUUGAGUAAUAGAUUUUUUUUUUUGUAAUUUAGAUGAAGGUAAAGAAAAGAACUGAUUUUUUGAAAGAAAAAUAGUGCCUUUGGCUGAAAAUAAUUGGCAAUCAUUUUUUUAAAAGUGAGAGUGAACAUGAAAAAAAAUUAAUCAGUGCUGCAAUUACUAGUAAACUUAAUAAUUUUUUAAACUAAUAAAAUGAGAAAGUAAAAUUAAUUCCUCAAUUUUUGUCAAUUGACACAGAUUAAGAUGUAACUUUUGUUUUAGUCAAUACUAAGAGAGAUUUAAAAAAUUGUUCAAAAAGAAUAUAAAUAUAUCAAUGAAACUGGUGCAACAUUCCAUCAGCAAUAAUUGCACAUAAUAAAUUUAAAAAAAAAGCCAUAGAAAGGGUAAAUUUUUCAAUAAAAAGCCUUCACAUUGUAAUUUUCUUUCCCCUUGAAAAUAACUUCUACUUAAGAGAAAAAAAAAGAAAAAUUAUAUCAUAUAUGAAACUUUGUGUAACGUUUUUUGCAAAAUGAAUAAUACAACAAAAAGAUGUAGAUAUUUUGUCACUUUUAAAAGGUACAUUGAACCUUUUACAACAUUUUUUUUCUUUUUUGUUUUGAUGAAGAAGAAAACAAAUAUUACUUUGAUUUCUUUUGAAGUAAACAAUUGAAAUUAUUAAAAAAAAAAUACACUGCAACUAAUAUCUUAGAAUUAGUAUCAUAAUUUAUACAAUUUAUUUUAAUUGAUUAAACUUAUAAUCUAUUGAACGUUUUACCUUGUUCAGUCAAAAUAUGAACUAAAAAAAAAAAGAUACAGUGUACAGAUGAAUGAAUUUCUUUUCUAACUAGAUAUUGUUCUCCUAAAGUGACAAAUGUUAUUCUGGAAAAUAUUCAUUAUAAUAAAAUAUAUGUACAUGUAAUGAAAAAAAAAA